AUUCCAAACGAGCCGGAUUGAAAAUGAAAACUUAAAUUUAGGCGGAAUAUUUGACUUUGACUUGGAGUCGUUGACAUUUAUCUACUCUCUCAAGUUAGUUAGUUAUGAUGAUUGCAAACUUGUGAUCAUCUUCGAUUCAACUUCACUUUAACCUCGAUCGACUCACCAUAACUGCUUCACCUGAAUUUACCAAAAAAAUAUCGUUCAUGCUCGCCUCGGACUCCACCGUCGUGCUCCGAAUACCCGUCCGUAACCCGACCCGUUCACACUUCAACACUUUCAGCUUCGAUUCAGGAGGAACAACAACUCGAUCCAGACCCAGCUUCUUCCUAUGUCCUUCUCUUUCUUUCAAUUCUAUCAAAAUGCAAUUGCUCCGCCCAACCGGUUGCUACAGUAACCGUUGCCUUAAGGUUCACGCUCAAAUUGGCGGCCAAGAUUUCUUCAACGCCGCCGUCAGGGAUAAACGUGUUCCUCGUCACCUUGUUAUUAUGGUUAAUGGUAUAACUGGGAGUGCUUCUGAUUGGAGAUAUGCGGCAGAGCAGUUGGUAAAGAGGCUUCCAGAUAAAGUUAUUGUGCACCGCAGUGAAUGCAAUUCUUCAAGAUUGACGUUUGAUGGUGUUGACACAAUGGGUGAGAGGCUAGCUGAAGAGGUACUAUCGGUGGUUAGGCGAUGGCCAGAGGUGCAGAAGAUAUCCUUUGUCGCACAUUCUUUAGGAGGCUUGGUGGCAAGAUAUGCAAUUGGGAGACUUUAUGAUAAUUCUUCAAAAUUGGAACGUGUUGGUACCAGCAGAAACUGUUUCAGUGAAGAGACGACUGAAUAUUCAAAGCAAUGCCUUAAACAGAUUUAUGAAGCCAAAAUUGCUGGAUUAGAGCCAAUGAAUUUUAUAACGUUUGCAACACCUCAUCUCGGUUCAAGAGGAAAUAAUCAGCUUCCUUUACUUGGCGGUCUUCCUUUCCUUGAAAGAAGAGCAUCCCAAACUGCACACUUAGUUGCCGGGAGAUCUGGGAAGCAUCUCUUCCUCAUGGACAGUGAUGGUGGAAAACCUCCUCUUCUCCUGCGGAUGGUUGAUGACUCUGACGAUCUAAAAUUUAUGUCAGCUUUACAUGCAUUCAAGCGUCGGGUAGCAUAUGCAAAUGCGAAUUAUGAUCAGAUGGUCGGAUGGCGUACCUCGUCAAUUCGCCGUCAACAUGAACUUCCUAAGUCCAAUCUUAUUGUAAGUGAUGCGAAAUACCCACACAUCGUUUAUGUUGAAGGAGAGAACACCAAAGAAUUUUACAAUAAAGCGUCUUCAAAUGUUGGAGGCCAAACGGUUGACUUAGAAGAGAAGAUGAUAAGGGGUCUCACUCAGGUGCCUUGGGAACGAGUGGAUGUUAGCUUUGAGACAAGUAAACAGCGCUACGUUGCUCACAGUACAAUUCAGGUGAAAACCUACUGGUUGAAUUCAGAUGGCGCUGAUGUGGUAUAUCAUAUGAUAGACAACUUCCAUCUUUAGUCUUUUUGUAAAGUUUGAUGUCAACAAAUCAAUGUUGCUUGAAUGUUUUGCAUCGUCAUCCUUCACGGAUGAAGGAAGUGUUGUACAUUUUAUUGUGGCAUGGACUGUUGAUUUAAUGCAUCUUUAUGUAUAUGAGACCUGCUAUUUAGUGGUUCCUUCAUAAAUUAAUGUUAUUGAAAAAGCUGCUAUAUUUUGUUGUGUA